AUGGCCCGUCCCGCCGAAAAAGCCCGAGCCAUGCUCAACAAAUGGGUCAAGAUGCGGGAACAGGGCAACGCACCCGCGAUUACACCCCGCCAACAAAAACGACCCCAUUUGGCAUCGGAAUGCGAGCAUUUGGCUGAUGCCGAAUAUUACCGCAAUCAAAUCAUUCGCGAAAUUACCGCUGGCAUUAGUAAAAUUCAAGAUGCUUCGCUGGGCGAAUACACUUUGCGGGAUAUCAAUGACGACAUCAACAAGAAAAUGCGCGAAAAAUAUCAUUGGAACAAACGGAUUCAAGUAUUGGGUGGUGUCGAUUACAAUGCCCUCGAACGCAAACGACAAAUUGAAGAAGGCGAUCCACUCGCCGGCGCUGCUGGCAAUACGUAUCGCUAUUUUGGCUCCGCACGAGAAUUGCCUGGUGUCAAGGAAAUAUUGGCCAAACAAGCUGUGAAAGCCGUCAAGAAACGAGAUUUGUGGAAACACGUGACACCCGAUUAUUUUGGAUGGAGAGACGAAGAAGAUGGAGUCUUGGUCGAAUUGGAACAGCAGGCUGUAGUACUAGAACAAUCAUCAUCCAAUGAUAAAAAGAGAAGGAGAGAAGAGGAGGAAUUGUUGCUAGCACAGGAUUAUUUGGAUGUUCCAACACCGGCUCAGGUGGAACAAGUGUUAUUGGAGCAAAAGAAAAAAGCCAUGUUGGCAAAGUUCUCGAUAUGAUAAAUGGAUUCAAUCUACUUUCGUAUGCUUGGGGUGGAAAACAGAAAAGGAACAGGGCCGUGGGGAACUUCUACAGUACUGAAGCACAGCUAGUGGAAACAUUCAAAUUUGACUUUU